AUGAUAUUUCCUACCGUAAUUUUGCUAGCUUGCGCCUCGCUGGCCUCAGCAGAACUGGUUACGGUGAUCAGCGGCGGCGUGAACAUUGGUCUCCCGGUCGGCGGCUUGUGCCCCACAGGCUCGUUUGAAGCCUUGACGCCUCAAGGCUACAUUGCUUGCUACAUGGAUUUGAAGAAAUGUGACCUGAAGAUUCUGAACCCUUCCCCCGCGGAUCAGUCUGGCCCGUCUGUCGGCGGGGAAUGCCCCACUGGCUAUGCAUGCAUCAUUGGAGAAAUUUGCUACAGCGUGAUGCCCACGUCGACGUGCGUGGAUAAGACUACCAAUUGCGACCUAUACCUCAAGAAUGGCUUCUGCCGCUCCAAGCUCUACACGGCGGCUCAGAAAAAGGAUUCCUGCUGCAAGACCUGCAAAUUUGAUGCUGCCUGCCAGGAUGCGGAUCCGAACUGCCCGCUCUACGAGAAAAACAGCAAAUACUGCAAUGGUACCACGGCCACCGAAGCCCAGAAGGUCAGCACGUGCCGGAAGACCUGUGGUGUCUGC